AUGCCUGAUUUAUCGGGUAAAUUAGAAAAAGGCGAAACAAAAUCGAUGGUUAGCGAUAUCAUGUUAGCUGUUAGAUGGAAAGAUCGUAGAGACGUUAAUAUGUUGAUAACUUUUCAUAAAGAUCAAAUGAUAAAUGUAAAUAAAACAAACGGGAAGACAGGGGAAUCUGUGAAGAAACCGGAAUGUGUCAUCCACUACAACCAAAAUAUGGGAGCAGUAGACAGAACGGAUAUGAUGCUAAGUUCCACAGAAUGCGUUAGAAAAACAUUAAAGUGGUACAAGAAACUAUUCUUUCACAUUCUUGAUCUACGUGUCCUGAACAGUCAUGCAUUAUUCCUUACGCAAAAUCCAGGGCAGUUGCCCUUUGCAGAUUUCCAAUUGAGGCUAACUCGACAGCUGCUUGAAAGGUAA